CUUGUGCAAUUUUGCAGAUUUGAUAGGAACCUGAGCCACCUAGGUUCUUUUUUUCCCUCGGUUUAUUCAAAUAAUGAUGAUUGAUAGUUCAAAGAUGGAGUAUAUGGAUUUAAACAUAUGGUCUUUGGAUUAUUUGGUUUUAGAAACUGAUUUGGAAAUCCCUUCUUUUACCUGAAUUUUUCAUUACAAAGUACAACUUUGGAGCUAAUAGAACUAGGAAAAAAGAUGGAAUAGCGUAAGAAAAGAACUUGAGGAGGGGGAGGGUAUUGCAAUAUAGCAAGCUAUAUCUUUUGCUAGACCAUAUAGAGAACCCAAAUGAUGGUCCUGAUGCAGUCCUCAGAGGUAUUUUUAUCACUAGAAAGCAGUUUUAUGUGUGUCGUUUGCUGAUGGGCUUCCCAGUUUCCCUAACAUGUAUAUCUUGCUUUUGUUUUGGAAUCACAAUGUGCAGUAGGGAAAUGACAGGAAGUAUCAAACGAAAUUUGUUCACAAGUUGGUUCUUGAUAUCCUGUGAUCUAUCAUAAUGGCUAGAAGUUACUUUUGUAGUUUUAGUUUGCUUUUUUGUUCUUGAUAUGGAGUAUUCUGGCUUCAAAUAGUGGUGUUUUGCACGGCAUUCACCAGGUGUAUGUCUUCUCCUAUUUGGAUAAGUUGUUAUGCCAAUGCCUUUUAUUUGUCUUUCACCUUUUCCAGUUUGAUUUUUUUGGCCGUUCGGUAAAUAUUAGAACAUGGGGUAGUAUUAACUCGAUAGACCAAGUUUUCUAAUAGCAAUUCCCUUGGUUACAACUUUUUAUGUUGUCUCUAAUUAAAUCACCAGGGACUUGUGUUGCCACGACUCCUUGCUCUUUCUCUAGCCUUACUGUUUUAUUGUCUUCCUUAGUGUAUUCUACCUGAGUAUCUCUUCUACAAGCUAAGGUUACCUAUUGCAAGCUCUGACUUACUGGAUAGUGUUUGAUUCACCAGUAGAAUAAACUCUUUGAAGGAUAACUAGAUAAAUAACAGUCAACAAGUAAUGUCUGUAAUAGUUCCAUGGCCAUGAUGAAGCUGUUUGAUGCUAAUUGUCACCUACAAGAAAUUUCUUGUGUUAUUUGAUUCUUUGUUCUACCUUUCAAUUGUCCAUUAUUUAUUCUUAUUUGUGUUUUGCAUUUUUCUCCUAUUUCCUCUUUACAUUUUGCGUGCAGUUUUCUUCGUCCGUGGUUGCUGUAAAGAACUUUCUUUCUUCUUCAUCUUCUGUUAUAUAUCUGCAGCUUGAAUUGUUUCAGAAUGGAAAAGUUGCUCACAAUAAAAGAAAUUAUGCCUGAAAUGCAAAGUUGGACAUGCAAAAUCACAGUUCAAGAAAAACAGCAAGUUACUCAAUCAAUGUCCACCCCAACAAAAAAGCAAAAGUUCAUAGUUAUUGACGCUGAGGGAUAAAAAAUUGAAGGCAUUAUUUUCAACAAUGACAUCCCUAGAAUGAGCUCAAUCCUUCAAGUUUAUAAGAAAUACAACAUAUCCAAUGCUGAAGUGAAGCCAAUCUUACCAAAAUAUCAGACUGCUGAAAUAACUCAUCAGUGGACAAUCACGAGCAAAACUGUUAUUGAAGAGGUUCUUGAUGAUGAAGAUAUAAUGCCUGUCAAGUUCAACUAUACAAAGUUUACAGAUUUGGCACAGUAUAUGGACUAUAAGACUAAAUCAGUUGAUAUCCUUGGAAUAGUUAUUGAAGCAUUGGAGAAAAAGGCAAUUACUACACACUACAGAGAGUCUAUUGUUCAAAAGUUUGUGCUUGUGAAUGAAAAUAGAUUGCAAACUGUUGUACUUUCUAUGUGGGAUGAUUUCAUCAAAAAUGAAGGAGAACAGAUAAUUUCUGCCAUGAACAACUAUCCUGUUAUUAUUGCCCGAAGGAUAAAAGUCAACAACUACAAUGGUGUUUCUUUGUCCACAUGGUUUGAUUCUGCAAUCCUCGUUGAUCCUCCUGUUCAAGAAGCAAGGAAACUAAAGAAUUGGGCAAUAAGAAAUAGCAAGGAGUUGACAGUUAUUCUGGAACAGAAAACUUAUACUAGAUACAAUCCAGAACUUUCAUUGAAACCAGAUCAAAAGACCACCUUAAUUUGCAAUGUUAAUCCUACCCACAAGAGUACAUGGGUCAAAGCACAGUUCAGUUUCCAGCACAUAUUUCAAAAAUACUGGUAUAUGAGCUGCAAAAAAUGUUAUUGAGGUACUGCAGCAGCACAUGAAGUCAUUUUUAGCUGUAAUAUUUGUAAAGAAAAACAUCCUGCUGAACCAAGGUGUCGCUUUGAUGUGGAUUUACGGGAUCAUACUGGAGUUAUCACAGUUUCUAUCUUUGGAGAACAAGCUGAACAACUGCUGACGUUCAAUGCUCUUGAAAUAAUGGAACACUUUAAGCAGAACAUUGAGCUUCCACUUGAAAUCGUCCACAAAGAACUUGACUCAAAGUGGUUCUUGGUACACAUUAAGCCAGUACAAACUCAAGUUGCAGAUACAAAGCAGCGAUAUACAAUCAUUUAUUAUUCUGAGAUUGUCGAUGCUGCUACCCCAAUUUCUUUUGUCAAUGAAUCAAUCAUUCCCUUUCUAUCAGUUCAUAAUCAGGAUGGCCCUUCACAGACCACAACUUCAGGCACUUUAACUACUGAAGAAAACAAUCCAACUUCAAAGAUUCGUCUUUCACUAAAUCAAAAGUUUGAUCAGGCUGAAGAACCAGAAAAAAAUGCUUCUCAUCUUGAAGGAACUAGCUACAACAAGAAGCCAAAACUGAACUAAGUUCUCAUGUUCUAUAGUUUCUUUUGAAACUUAGGAUUGCUACUUUGAAACUAAAUUGCUGCUCUAUGCUUUUUGUUCAGCAAUUUAUGAUUUUAAGAAAUCAUGGUAUUGCUGUUGUGUUUUGUUUAGCAACUUAUGAUUUCCAGAAAUCAGAAAAUGACUGCUACUUAACUAUGUUGUUUCUUGUUUCAGAAUUACAUUUCUUUAAAUGUAGACAUACUACUUAUUUUGGAGC